AUGAGCGGCGCCGCAGACGCCCAGACGCUGCGCGGGCUCAUCGCGAAGCUCCUUCCGGCGUGCGAGAAGGCCGCGAAGGGGGACGCUGCGGAGAAGCAGCGCGCGGAGGGCCUGCUCGAUGAAAUAGGCAACCUCAAAGUCACAACGAAGCUGCUCAUCGACACCCAGGCGGGCAAGCAUCUGAAGAAGCUCAGCAAGUCGGAAUGCGCCGAGGUCGCGACGGCAGCGAAGAAGAUCGUCGCGAGCUGGAAGGACGUGGUCAAGGCCGGCAACGCAACCGCGAGCCAAGGCACGCGGAGCGACAGCGACAUGCCGAGCGUCAAGAAGGCCACGUCGAGCGGCGCGCCGGCGUCGCAGCCGUCGCAGCCGAGCCCGCAGCCGGUGUCGCAGAAGUCGGCCGGCAGCGCGCCGGUGGAGAUCGAGGUCACGGGCGACAAGAUCCGCGACGCGGUGCGGCGCAACAUGGCCAAGGUCUUCGUCGCCGACGACGACGUCGACGCGGCGCAGGCCGCCCGCGCGGCGACGGGCGUGGAGAACGCGAUGCAGGAGCGCUUCGGCGACGCGCAGUCGGAGUACCAGGGCAAGUACCGCUCGCUCCUCCAGGCCUUCAAGGGCAACGCGGCGCUGCGCGCCAAGGUGGUGUCAGGGGAGCUGUCAGGGGAGGCGUUGAUGGGGAUGUCCGGCGCGGACCUGGUGCCGGAAGAGGUGCGCGCGGCGCAGGAGGCGCUGCGGAAGGAGCGCCUGAACGCGGACAUCCAGGUGGAGCCGGAGAGCGCGACGACGGACAUGUUUCAGUGCGGGCGGUGCAAACAGCGGAAGUGCACCUUCUACGAGAAGCAGACGCGGUCCGCGGACGAACCGACGACCAAGUUCAUCACGUGCAAGGUCUGCGGGCUCAAGUGGCGCGAGUGCUGA